UCGCACACUACAAUCAGCUGUUCUACCAACAUGGCGACCUUAGGCCGUACUUCUUGCAAAUUAUUCAAAAUUGUUCAAUUUACGCCGAUUUUUACCCGUAAUUUAGGCCAUGUGAAGUGUAAUAAAUCUUUUUCUAAAGCCCUAACAACGUGCGCGUGUAUAUUUGGCGGCGGUGUUGUGUUUUAUACAACGAAUUACUACAGCAAUUCGAGUACCGUUUACGCGCUUAAGGCGAAGCCUGACGAACUGGCGAAAUCGGUGAAGCUGACGUCGAGGGAGCGUCGCUUCAUCAAGUUCGCGAGCGUCGAGUACGGUGGACAGCUCUACAUGACGCCCCAGGACUUCCUCGAGUCAGUAGUCGAACAGGAGCCGAGACCUCGACUUAAACGAAGAGUUUUAACAACCAAAGAGAUAGAGAACCUGCAGGACCAAACACCUCAACUAAAGAAGGGCUCUUCGCAGAUGUUCAGGAAGCUUAAAGACAAAGGGAUCAUAUCAUACACGGAAUACCUGUUUCUUCUAUCGAUUUUAACAAAGCCGGCGUCGGGUUUCCGGAUUGCCUUCAACAUGUUUGACACAGACGGCAAUCAGAGGGUAGACAAGAACGAGUUUCUAGUUAUCCAACGUCUGCUGGGCGGAGCUUUCAAGGAGCGCAAAAACGUGGACGCGAAAAGCCAAGAGGCCAUGGAAAAGAUCUUCAGCUACGCUUGGAGGGGGAAACGCGGGAUAAACGAUGACGACGACAAAUUAGCGGAGGGCGCCCACGAGAACUACGUCAACGACGACCAGGGCCUGCAGAGGAGACACAACGUGGAUACGUUCCUACAGAUCCACUUCUUCGGCAAGAAAGGUAACAACGACCUCAAUUUCGAGGGCUUCAAGCAGUUCAUGGAGAAUCUACAAUCUGAGGUGCUGGAGUUGGAGUUCCAAGAGUUCGCCAAAGGCCACGAGACCAUAUCAGAAGUGGACUUCGCGAAGAUCCUGCUCCGGUACACGUAUCUAGACACGGACGAGUACGACAUGUACUUGGACCGCCUGCUGGACAGGAUGAAGCACGAGCGCGGGAUCACCUUCGAGGAGUUCAAGACGUUCUGCCAGUUCCUGAACAACCUCGAGGACUUCAGCAUCGCCAUGAGGAUGUACACGCUGGCCGAUCACCCUAUAUCCAAAGACGAGUUCCACCGCGCCGUGAAGAUAUGCACUGGCAUAGGGCAGUCGGAGCACCUGGUCAGCACCGUGUUCGCGAUCUUCGACGCGGACGGAGACGGCCUGCUCAGCUACAAGGAGUUCAUAGCCAUCAUGAAGGACAGGCUGCACCGGGGAUUCAAGUCGUCCGCCAAGAACGAAGGAUGGGAAGCUUUCAAGUCCUGCGUCAAACAGGAAAUGAAAAGUGUGGCCUAAAUUAUUGGGGCUGGAAGCACUGCUUGCUCCUAACCAAUCUGUGCAUGAUGCUUUAAAAAAGUUUAUUUAACUUAUCAUUUCAAUUUUCGUUUUUAAGUUCUCAAUUUUGUUUUAUUCGAUUUUGGACUCAAAUCAUCGUGAGAUAUUUAAUAUUAUUAUUUUAUGAUUGAGCUUAAAGGUUCUGAUGAGUUCUAGUCCUUCUUACAUUCAAAUUAUCUAUCGAAUAUUCUAGAAUUUAAAUUUUGAAUUCUAUAAGACAUAGUACAAAAAUAGUAUUACAGAAACAUUUUGUUGUCUAUGGUAACGGUUUACAAACAGAUUGAUCUGUCAGAUCAAUGAUAAUGUCAUAAUAUGUCAAUCUCGUUACAAUUAGCAUUUCAAUAUUUAGUACAAUUAUGGAGGGUAGAAAUAAGGAGCACCAUCUUGUAUAGGGGACAAAUUGAAAAGCUUUCCACCUGUAAACAGCAAGUUAUUGUUGAAAAAUUCACAGAAAUAGCGCUAGUGUAGGAAAUGGAAAUUAUAUGAGUAUAGAAAUUUUAAUCAGAGUUUAGUGUGCUGCUUUGAAAAUUUUAAUAUUUUUCGUGACUUCUAUAGUUAAAAAAUAUGUAGUCUUUAAAACCUCAACUAUAUAUUUGUAUUACUAUUUAAGUAGGAAGCGUUUUUUUUUUUCCUUCUUAAUUUAGUUUCCUACUGUAAUAUUUUAUGGCGCUGUUUUUAAAAUCUUUCCACUUGCUACAGUAGCGCCACCUUAAUUGUCUCUCUUUCAGUGGACACUUUUUAAGACGCUAAGAUGGUCCUAUUUUCUUCUACCAUCCUUAAUUACAAACAAGGUUAGUUAAUUUCAAUGAAAAAAUCAAAUUACCUUAUUGAAACAUGGAAAACUUCCCAAAACAAAUCGUUGUAUUCAUGGCUUCAUUAAGUUACUGCGGACUGUAAGUCAUCUCUGAGAUUGUUUAGCGUCAAACGCCAUAAUUUAAUGUCGUAUAACACAGAAUAGUCGUUUAAGAAGUGAGAUUUUGUUGUUACUAAUUUAUAAAACACAGCGUUUUUUGCGUAGCGUAAAAUAAAGAUCGUAUUUUUUUUGUAUUCAAUAUAUUUAUUUAUUGUAUUAUAUUUUCAUCAAAAAUUUCUUCUUCAUUUUUCAAUAGAUAGGGUUAAAUGUAUAAAGGAGAGGUCAAUCAAGUUUUGUAUCGAACAUCUUAAUGGUUUGUGAAAUUAAUGAUUUUCCAUUAAAUUACUGGCAAUUUGGUUUCAUGUUCUUGAAGAAAUACGAAAUUAAAUAAUCUAGGGAUGGACACACUGACCUGUACAUUCAUAGUCGAUAAAAUACAAUCGAAUAAUUCAAUAGGAAUUUCGCAAACGAAUUAGAUCGAAAUUGUAACUCGCUUAUGUCACUGCGUAUUAUAUUUUUUAAUGAAAAUAUUAUUUGUUAAAACUUCUUACGGGUCAAACAUGUAUUUAUUUUAUCUUUAGUACCUGUAAAAUGUGUCAACGAUAGCUUUUUAUCUACUAUUUAUUUUUACUACGGAAAAUAACACCCAAGUCACUCUACAAACUCUUGUU